GCUUUAAACGGCCACAUCAGCAUUCGGAUAGAUGGUGAGAUAAGAGGGUGUGAGGUUUAAAAGGAGCGGCAGACUCUGAGUAAGACACUCUUUGCUGCAGAGUCGUCCAGUUCACCCUCACAGCCACCAUGACCUUCAACGGCACCUGGAAAAUUGAUCGCAAUGAAAACUAUGAGAAAUUCAUGGAACAAAUGGGAAUUAACAUGGUGAAGAGGAAGUUGGCUGCGCACGACAACCUCAAGAUAAUCAUCGAACAGAGUGGAGACAAGUUUCAUGUGAAGGAGAGCAGCAAUUUCCGCACCCUGGAAAUAGACUUCACCCUGGGGGUCACCUUUGAGUACAGCCUUGCCGAUGGAACUGAACUAUCAGGCUCAUGGAACAUUGAGGGAGACAUGAUGAAGGGUGUUUUCCUCAGAAAGGACAAUGGAAAGCAACUGACAACAACCAGAAUCAUCCAAGGAGAUGAACUCAUACAGAGCUACAACUAUGACGGUGUGGAUGCAAAGAGGAUUUUCAAGAGGGGUUAGACCAUAGAUGUUCGACCUCAGGAUUACAUACAGUAUUGUGUUGAAUUAUCAACUACUUAUGUCAACAUAACCUGUAAAAAGUGCACUACUUGAGAUGCCUAUACUGUAUAUGAAAUAGUUUUGAAUUGCACCAGCUUUUGAUACUUGCAGUAAUAAAGCCAUACUGUAACUGCC